AUGGGUGUAGUUAAAUGGUACAAUGUGCGCCUUCACUAUGGUUUUAUAAAGCGAAUUGACAAUGACGGCGAUGAUAUUUUCGUUCAUCAGUCGGCCAUAGCAAAAUCUCGUAUAAUUAAACCAUAUUUGCGUACACUGGGCGAUGGUGAGAUGGUAGUUUUUGAUAUCGUAAAAGGAGAAAAGGGGACCGAAGCAGCAAAUGUUACUGGACCAAAUGGUUCUGAAGUAAUAUGUUUUAUUUUUAUAGAAAAGCUGGAAUUAGCACAAAUGCACAAAUUUUGA